GUCUGCCUUAAUGGCAAGUGUCACAGUCACUUUUAAUUAACCAUCAUUUUUUGCAUUUUUUUCCCCUAAUUAGUGUUUUUACGUUUUUCUAGAUUUUUUCAAUUACCUUUUAGUGUAGUUAGGGAUGCCUCGAAGCAGUGACCGACAGUUAACCAAUUUUGACGUGUCUCUGUAUUUGGACAGAAUCACAUUUGACCAGUUACAGAAAUCACCGUCUCAAGAUGAUGCAGAGGCAAUACAUUUCUGGCAUAUUUUCGAAUCCUCCGAGAGUUUUAAUUUAAGGGCAACAUUGCACAAUUUAAGUAUUUUGUCAUCUGAAACUGAAGAACCAGGAGAAUUAUUUCUUCACGAUGCAGAGCUCUCAGAGCUACAAAGGAAAAAGCCUCUCAGGGAAAAAAUGAAACACUUGAUUGUACACCGUCGAGGAGAUGUAAUGACAAAAGAUGAAUUUGAAAACGAAGCUGACAGAUUAUACAAAUGCUGCUUGAGGAGUUGCACAGACAUGCAUGAGUUACAUAUCAGGAGACUUAUCGGAAUGGAGAUUUUAGCUGACAUGAUGCAGAGAGUGAAUAUCACGUAUAUUAACUUAGUAAACAUUAUGCAUAUCAUCUGGUCCAUAAUGAGUUGUAUGCAUCAUUUCCAGUUGAGACUGAAGUUAAAUACUUAUAAGAUUAUCCAGAAGAGCAGGCGUGUCUGUUCUAGAAAGAAACUGCACCGCUGCAUGACCAUUUAUUGUCAGCUAACAGAAAAAUUAAACGACUUCUCCCUACGUCUAGCCCUCAACGCGGUGAUGACGUUCUACAAGGAAGGCAAAUUAUGGGAUGUCGAUUUCGACUGCAUGCAGUUGAUCAGUCGGUUGCUAGCUAAGUUUACGAACCCGGAGAUAGGAUUCCACGAUAUCAUACGUAAUUAGCUUAUUGUGAUUUUCGAGAUCAAUUGUGGAAAAAAUAAAAAAAACAGCAAAAACCCAGGAAUUUAAGUAGCUCUUUAGGUCAUCAGGAAUAUUAUGAUUUACCUUUGUAUCCACCGAUGAGGAGUAUUUUUGAUUGAUACAAACGAAGGUAUAAAGGGUUUGAGGUGAUGCCCUCAGAGCUUACGAGUACGUGAUAGUGCUUCCUGUCUGACAAAUAAAAACGAAAUAGCGCUAGCACGAUUUUAUCGAAAGUUGUUCAGUCGAAAAGCCACGUGACGCAAGACAUAUGAUGGUCGUUUUGUACGAAGUGAUCAAAAUGACAGAUUGGUCCAGAGUACCACCCGAAUCGAUUGACAACAUAACCAGAAAGCUGUUGGAAAUGUUACAACACAGCAUCGAUCCUCAACUAACUGAUAUUUAUAAUUAUGUCCCCCUGAGAAAGGGAAUAAGGAUCUGCCUUUGCAAUAUGAUGGAAAUCUUAUCCAAAAAACGUUUGGUCAAAAUGCUCCAUUUGAUGUUGAAGGUGAUCUCCCAACCAGACCAAAACAGUAGUGUACAGAAGUCAUUAAGUAAUCUGGCGAUAAUAGCUGCAACAGAGUACAGAAAGAAAACAUCUCGACCAUUUUCGGCUAAAGGUCCAAUGCCUCUCAUUUUCGGCGUGUAUUUUUGUAAGGAUCCCAAUCUGAACGUAAUAGCAACGAUGAUAUGGAAAAGCCUUCUCGAUGCACGGAACAUUGUUCGGGUUUUUUACUCGCCCAGGGUAUAUUUUGAAGACACCCUAUACGACUUACCAUACUGCAAAGUUCGCCGAGAAGACAAAGUUUUCUUCAAGUCUGUACAGCGCUUUAUCUUCGAAUCAAUCGUCUAUGGUAUCGUCAACUGUACUGAAAGAGAGAUCCUUUACUAUUAUCACGAGACCAUAGGAUUGACCUUAGUGACAGUUCGAUGUAGUGCAGCUGCAUCGUGUUUCGUGGCUGUCGGAAUGGCUGUCCAAGAAUAUGCCUUCACCAUCACCAAGAAGCAGUUGGUGCGCUCCCAUCACCUACACGCAUUCGUUUUGUCUGUUAUGACACUUGUCUGCUACGUUUUUCGUGCUAAGGUACUCUACAAAUACGUAAUCUCGAUAAUGAAAAACAGGGCGGAAUGGGCGCCACACCUGAAUCCCCCCAUUCACCAAAAAUACAAAUAUGCAGCCCAUCACAUCUUGUGGAACAAACCUGACCUCUUCUUCGACGAUUGGGAGGUAAAGUAUGGACUGUGGAAGUGUUUCAGAGUCAAGAAGGAUAUUAUACCAAAAGGUAGUGUAAAGCGCCAUAAGAAAAAAUAAAUGUGGAAAAAUAAUGAAGUCUCUUUUAGCACUGAUCUCAUAUAGUAGAAACUGGAUAAGAAAAAUCCGAUCUUCCCACGAAUAUACACAUUAAUCUAAAUUCAUAUAAUUUUAAUUUCCAACAGUACUGUUUUGAAAUCCAAUGUAUCAUAAAUUCAAAUAGUGAAAAAAUUGUUCAAAUUAAUGCACAUAUAUCCAUAGUAAGACGCCUCGCAAAUACAUG